AUGAACAUGCAGAGGACUGCACUCUUACUGAUCUUCCUGUGGGCUCUAUCAUGUUCUUAUCCUGUAGCCAGACACCAAAGAGCACAUCACAGAAGCUCAGAAGAGCCCUGGUCUACUGCAAGUGAAGAGAGGUCGAAUGAGGUAGCCAGUUCUGUGGAUGCCAGCGAUGAAGACCCUGGGAGCAGGUUCAACAUAAGCCCAGAAAACAGAGAAGACUCCGGCAUCAGUGAACAUGACAGCAGCCUCCGUGAGAGCAAUGAAGGAAACAGAAAAGUUUCCAGUGACAGCUUGGAGAACCUUGCAGAAGAUGUGAGUGAAUGGAGCACCCAGGACAACGAUGAGGGCAAUUAUUUCAGAAUCCACCAGGCAGUGCACAGGAAAUGGGCGGAACGCAAGGAUGGCAUAGAUGACGUGGACGAGGAUGGUUCUGAUGACCACUCUUCUGACAGAGUUUCUCUGGAAAAUGAGAUUCAGGGCGCUGACCAAGAACAGCUCCCUUACAGCGAUAUCAGAAUUUCCAAAGAACAACACGAUGUGGAAAAUGAUGGCAUGCUCUAUAUAACUGACCAACUUUCGUAUACGUUCGUUGGAAAAGGAGGGAGUGAUCAGAUGAAUGAUGAAGACUUCAGCGGCGAUGAUUCUUGGGAUGGAAAGAAUGAUGAAGGCACUUAUGGAAAAGGUGCUGGUCCCACUGUUCCCCCAAACAAAGAGGAUGAGCAGGAACAUUCAGAGGGACACGGUGACAAUGCUGUUGGCCGACACCACGAUGAUAGCAGCAGCAGCAGCAGCAGUAGCAGCAGCGAGAGCAGAAGCCAUGAUAAAGAGGAUAAUCACAUUAUUCAUUAUGGCAAAAGGCUUGGAGUUGAGAGUUACAGCAGCAGCCAAGAGGACAGAUAUGAUUUUGACGACGAAGGAAUGCAAGGUGAUGAUCCCCAACUCUUUGAGAGCUAUGACAGUGACUCCAGCAUGCUCCACGGAGACGUCCAUUCAAAAGAAAGCAGCCAGGAAAUCGGCAAAGCCAAACGUCACAGCAAAUCCAUGGAGCGCUUUGCCAGGAAAGUGUACCACUAUGUGGAUGGGGACUCAGAUGAGGAGCACAGUUCUGAGCAUGACAAGAGGACAUCCCUGCAAGAGGAUGAUGCUGACUCUAAAGAAGACAGCCAAUCUGUAGAAGAUGUCAGUAAAUCAAUAGAAAAUGUCCCCAGUAGAUCCAAGGAGUAUGCAGCUAGCCAUUCCAGAGAGGUGGUACAGAGCUUGUCCAGAGGGCACAGUCAAAGUCGGUCCAGAGAGAACAGCCGAUCCAGGGAAGACCUCCAGUCCAGGGAAGGCAAGCACAGUAGAUCAAGGGAAGACAUUCACAGCCAGUCCAGGGAAGACAAGCACAGCCGGUCCAGGGAAGAUGUGCACAGCCAGUCCAGGGAAAGCAAACACAGCCGGUCCAUGGAAGACCUGCACAGCCAGUCCAGGGAAGAUGUACACAGCCAGUCCAGGGAAGAUGUACACAGCCAGUCCAGGGAAGACAUGCACAGUCAGUCCAGGGAAGACGUGCACAGCCGGUCUAGAGAACUCCUAAGUCAGUCUAGAGAAGAUGAGAACAGCCAGUCUAGAGAGGACGAUGAUAUAGUAUCUGAAGAAGACAUAAAGAGUGAAUCCACUGAAAAUAGCAGGGACUCCCAAGAAAAAACUGUGAAAAAGUAUAUUGAGAUAGAUGAUAAAUCAGAGGAACGCAGUGCUAGCCAAUCUCAAGAACAGGAGAGUUCUUCUACCGAAGAAGUAGAAAAUGUGUCACUAAGGAGCAGUGAAUCGGGGCAGGUUAAGAGGCACCGGAGCAGCUCAAGUGAAAAGAGUCCCUCCACAGAGGAGAGUGUAGAAUCAAGCGAGGACACCGAUGAAUCCAUCUCUGAUGACAGCAGAUCAUCUCCCAGUGAAUCGUCUGAGAGUGAUAAAGUUUCCCAAGAAAGCACUAGUAGUGAAGAUAGUAACGACAGCGAUUCAAGUGACCUUAAAUCUGAAGAAGGGCAACAUCGACACAGCCAAUCAGCAGAAACCAGCGAAUCCAGCCACUCCAUAGAAAGGGACAGCAGAUCCAGGGAGGACACAAUGAGCAGGUCUGACAGCGCAGAAGACGAUAGCUGGUCGAGAAGCAAUGAGCUCGAAAGCCGAAAGAUGAUGCUUGACAUUUAUCGUAACAAACCUUACAGAGAUUAUGAAGAUAAUGACUGUCAGGAUGGAUAUUAA